ACCUCACUGACGCUCUCCCCGUGCUGAGACCUCGAGCUGCUCGGAGGGAUCCCUCUGUUGAGUUAAUGAUGGCUUACAACAACACUACAGCAUACUCGGAGGUCCACGAGCUGCGUAACACCAUCGUGGAUGGGAUUAUCCUGUCCUUCUGUGUGUCGGUCGUGAUUGGGAUUGUUAUUGGCGUCUUCCUCUGGAUCCUGUUGACCAUCCUCUCCCGCAAGAAGCAGGCCAGUGCCACCAUCUCCCAGACGACGAACCGGCGCUCCCGGACGUCCCCUCACAACGCGGUGCUGACCCGGAGCAGCUUCUACCGCACCAACAGCUAUGACAGACACGGAGACAGCAACCUGCCCUUGGCGAGCACCCUGACCUUCCAGCGUCAGUGGUCCCAGGACCACUCUGACAGCUACGGGAGGAAGCAGAGCUUCCGGGCCUCCACCUUCCACCCAUUCGCUCAAGGUCCACUCACGGACGAGCUGGGCGGGAUUCAGUCCUCCUCCACUCUGCUGUGUACUGACACCUCGUCCACCCUCAGCUGCAGCCUCGGACCCCAGGAGCAACACUGGUCACAGGGCCGGAACUAUGACUGUCACUCCUCACAGACGCCACCCCCUGCCUAUAAGUUUGUGGUAGAGCCGGCCAAAAAGACACUCGCAUGACACCUCCCUGACCAUUCAGGGAAGACAAGCUCCGGAACCUCAUCAACUGGGGCUCAUCAGACUCUCAGUGUCCUGAGUUGUAACACUGGGAGGAAUUAGCUGCAGAUUUUACUGGUCUAGUUAGAAUGAGCAACAGAAGAAUUGUCAAUAAAGCAAGCCUAAUAUUUGAAACUAAAAAUAAAGAAAAAAAUUUGGAUUUUGACAGCACCCUUCACCACCAACAGCUGAUAAUGUACACUUUACUAAGUGUGAAAGCACAGCAGACAAUUUGAGCACAGCAAGCUCCUACAAAUGGCUAAAUGAUAAAGGCCAGAUAAUCAGUUUGAUUGAUGGAUUUAGUAUGCCCAGGGCUCCAUGAUAACUUCCUGCCUCUUAUUUCACGAGCGGAGUGGGCUCUUUUACUUGAUAGGCCCCCCAGAUUUAUGUCUCAGAUGAAAGACGGCACCUCUGAGAGUGCAAUGCUCACCCUGCACAGUGACUGCGUGGGUUUCCUCCGGGUGCUCUGGUUUCCUCCCACAUUCCAAAGACGUACGGGUUAGGAAGUUGUGGGCAUGCUAUGUUGGCGCCGGAAGCGUGGCGACACUUGCGGGCUGCCCCCAGAACACUCUACACAAAAGAUGCAUUUCACUGUGCGUUUCGAUGUACACGUGACAAAUCUUAUCUUACCGUACAUAAUCAAUGACCAUCAAUCAAGACCAAUCCAUCAAGAAAUGAUGUUACACAGGGAUAGAAUACAAGACUUUUACAUGGUUCAAUCAACAAAUAUUGGGACAAUGGCCCAGACAAGGUUCUCCCAAGUGUGAUUGACAUUCCCACAGCGCCCCAGGUCAAGCAGUUCAUUUCCGAUGGUAGGUGGAGCUUUUAGGGAGACCCCCGGCCUUCGUUACUAUCUCAGAACAAACGCAGGAACACAUCAUACCGGGUUUGGCAAUGAGACUGGUCUGAGUGGUCACAUCGAUGUCCUUCAAUCAGGCUCGCCUUUCAAGGACCAGCGCAACUUCAGAUAAUUUACGGAUGCUCCUCGUCCAUUUCUCGAAUCAACACUGAGUUGCCUGCUGCCGUUACUGCCCGCCUGAUAAGCCCACAGUGGCUGAGGAAUUGAGGGGGCCAUUUCAUCGUGCGGGUCGGGGGCGACGCAACCCAAGAUGCACUGUCCCCUCCCACUGCCACCCAUUUAUCUCCACGGCAACCUUUUCUGCAGCUGCUAAGGAGAGACAACACACAAUCUGUUGGAGGAACUCAAAGGGAUCAAGAAACAUCUGUGGUGGGAAAGGAAUAGUUUGGGAGAUCAGAGUGAGUUCAACAGAGCAAAUGCGUAGCACCCCACACAGAAGAAGAAAUUCACUUUCUCAACAGAUGGACCUUAGUCUGGAUUUGGUUCAAGCCAAGUCCUGACGCAGCGUUCCGACCUGAAGUGUCGACAGUUCCUCUCCCCCUACAGAUGCUGCUCGACCCACUGAGUUCUUCCAGCAGAUUGUUUGUUGCUCCAGAUUCCAGCAUCGUGUGUCUGCAAUGGAGGGUGGCUCUUUAGAGUCUGACCGCUUUCCCAGCAGUUAGCAAGGCCAGUAAUGCAAAGGCUUCCAAAGGGAAUCACACAGGCCCUGGCGAGCACAUAAUCCUCUGUGUGAAGUACCAUGAUGCUGUUUACAAUGUAUUGUUGCCUACUUCACAAAUAUUUCGGGAUAUCAGAAUGGGCCUCAGCAGCUUAAAGACCAAAUGUUUAGCACACCAAAGAUGAAGUUCAAUUUCAAGAUAGAAGGAUUUUAAACUGGAUUUGGUUCAAGCCAGCAAAAGCGAAGCCUCCCUUUGUUGAUUAUCAAAUUCCAAGCAGACUUGGAGACCUUCGUAAUGUUGUCAAAUGCCACCUAAUCCUACAGACCCACACCAACAAAAAUGGGUCAGAAACUAAACUACUGGAGGAACUCAGCGGGUGAAGCAGGCUGAGGAACGGCUGGUUAUAUGGGACUAUAUUAGACUGUCGUGUGUUAAACUUCUUUCGAGUGCACGUUGUUUGGUCAUGCAGAAAUAACCCAUUCUGCAGUGCAUCAUUAGAUGCAGGGAUCUACAAAGCUGCAUGGCACUGGAGUUAAAUUAAGCACCCCAACCAUGGAAUAGUAUCAGCACCACAGGCUGAAUGGCUUCCUGUAUAUUCAAUGAUCACAUAAAACACCAGAACUGGUAGCACCCAAUAUUAAGGCAACCUUUGACAGCCCUCUAACCCAUGACACACUUAGAAUGAGAGGGCUGGAUAACACCUCAUCCCUGGCGACCCUUGGUUUGAGUAAUGCUCUGUGGACUGGAAUAGAAGGAGUCUUAUCCUGUGUCUGACCCAUCAAACAUCAGAGUUAGAACAUAGAACAAAGAACAUUACAGCACAGUACAGGCCCUUCAGCCCACGAUGUUGUGCCGAUCUUUUAACCUACUAUAAGAUCAAUUUAACUAUUCCCUCCCUCAUAGCCCUCAAAUUCUAUCAUCCAUAUGCCUAUCUAAGAGUCUCUUAAAUGUCCCUAAUGUAUCUGCCUCUACCAGUAUCCUUGGAAGUGCAUUCCACACACCCACCAUUCUCUGUGUAAAAAACCUACGUCUGAUAUCCCCUCUUACUUUCCUCCAAUCACCUUAAAAUUAUGCCCCCUCGUGUUAACCAUUUCCACCCUGGGAAAAAGUCUCUGACUGUCCACUCGAUCUAUGCCUCUUAUCAUCUUCUAUACCUCUAUCAAGUCACCUCUCGUCCUCCUUCUCUCCAAAGAGAAAAGCCCUAGCUCGCUCAAUCUAUCCUCAUAAGACAUAUUCUGCAAUCCAGGCAGCAUCCUGGUAAAUCUCCUCCGCACCCUUUCUAAAGCUUUCACAUCCUUCCUAUAGUGAGGCGAUCAGAACAGAACAUAAUAUUCUAAGUGUGGUCUAACCAGGGUUUAAUAGAGCUGCAACAUUACCUCACAGCUCUUGAACUCAACCCCCCGACUAAUGAAGGCCAACACGCCAUGCACCUUCUUAACAACCCUAUCAACUUGCACGGCAACUUUGAGAGAUCUUGGGACUUAGACCCCAAGAUCCCUCUGAUCCUCCGCACUGGAUCCUGCCAUUAACCAUGUAUUCUUCCUUCAAAUUCGAUCUUCCAAAAUGAAUCACUACACACUUCUCUGGAUUGAACUCCAUCUGCCACUUCUCAGCCCAGAUCUGCAACCUGUGAGUGUCCUGUUGUAACCCUCGACAACCUUCUACACUUCUACCUUCUUGACAGAAUAUCGUGGAGGAAUAUUUAAUCUGCGUAUGACCAAGCUUUUAUUUCAGAUUUAUUUAAUGUAAGAUUCUGUGAGGGCUGAUCAGGAUAGAUGAUGCAAGAAAGUCUUCCCUCAUUUUGUGGAAUCGAGAAUUAGGGGUGCACAGAUUCACCAUUUAAUUAGUGAUGAAGAGGGAUUUCAUCUCUCAAAGUACCAUGACCUUUGGAAUUCUAUACCCCAGAAAGUGGUUGAGGCAGAUUCAUUGGAUAUAGUCAAGCUGGAGAGGGACAGAUUUUUGGACUCUUGAGGAGCCAGUGGUUACGGGGAGCAGGGAAGGAAGUGGAAAUGAGAUGAAGAUCAGACCAGCCAUGAUAUGUUGUUCCUACUUCUUGUUUCAUGGAUACCUAUAUGAAUUUAAAUUCCCCAGGUAUCAUGGUAGGAUUGGAAUCCCUGAAGUUCGAUUGAAUUCAACAAGACCAUAUCCUCGGAACUGAAAUGGAGUUUUAAAAAAACAGGCAAUGAAAACGUCAUGAUUAAAGGGUCUCUCCAAAGUAAGUGUAUGAUGAGUAGAUCUAACCCAUUGAUAAUGAUGAGCCUUCACCUAUCAUUGUCCCAGCGCAAAUAUCUGCUUAUGGCAUUUUGGAUGAUAUUUUGGAAAGGCAAAAUUAGAUUUCUUUGGGAAGGUUAACAUCUGAUAGGGAAUGCUCUGCACCCUCGGGAGACACAGUGCAGACCUUCUGCUCAGUAAAUGCCACUGAGGUGACCACUGAGAGUCUAAGAAGCCAUAAUCCUUUGAGAUGGAGUGGCAACUUGCUUACAAUCCAGAGCAGGUAGUGACAGAUGAAUUACUGGCUUCACCAACCAUUCCAAAUCAAUGGUAAGUCGACAUCAACCAGUCAAUCUGCUUUGUAUAUUAUAUCUACAAUAAUACAGUGAGGGGCCAUUUGGCCCGAUAGUUUCAUGCUGACUCCAAGGAAAGCAAAUCCCCUCAGCUUCAUUUCCCCCUCCUGUUUUUCCCUUGUUUUCAACUCGUUCUCUCUCACAUGACCAUCAACUCCCCUUUGACACUUUUUUUUGCCACCUACUUAAACAUUAGGGGUGAGUUACCAUGGACAAUUAAUUUACCAACCUGCACGUCUUUGGGAUGUGGGAGGAAACUGGAGCACCCAGGGGAGAUACCCACUCGGGCACAGGGAGAACGUGCAAACUCCACACAGACAGCACCCGAAGUCAGGAUUCAACCUGGGUCACUGGAGGUGAAUUGUGAUCACAGAGCUCCUGCUUUCAUGAAAUGGAAAGGUUUUGAUUUAAGUCAAAGUGGAAUUUAUUGUCAGAUGCACAGUACAUGCAUGCACGGGUGCAAUGAAAAACUUACUUGCAGCAGCAUCACAGGCACAGAGCAUCAGAUAAGCAGCAUUCACAAGAAAAACAUAAAUUAUACACAAUUUUUACAAGAAGGAACACAAUUAGAACAAAAAAAGUCCAUUUUAAUGCAAAGUGAUCGAAGUGGUCAUAGUGUUGCUAAACUGCAGUGAUUAGGGUUGUGCCGGUUGGUUCAAGAAUCGAAUGGUUGAAGGGAAGUAGCUGUUCUUGAACCUGGUGGCGUGGGACUUCAGGUUUCUGUACCUCCUGCCUGAGGAUAGCACCUUUCACAGUCCUGGGACAUCCAAGAAGUGUUAAGGUAAAUUAAUCCUGUUUAGAAUAUGAUCACUCUUGGAAUCACAAGAGCCAAUAUUCAGACAGAAAGUUCCCUCAAGUGAUAAUAUCGCCAUUAUCAGCUUGUUAAAGAGAUGCCUGCUGUGGGAUAAUGUUGGCCCAUUCAUCCUGCCAUGAAUCUAUAAGUUCCUUUCGCCACUUGUGAUCCUGUAAGAAAACACCUUUUAUCUUAAUUUAUUCUUUUUUUCUGUUUGGGUGUCGCAAGCAAGGCCAGCAGUUAUGGCCCAUCCCUAAUUGCCCUUGAGAGGAUGGUGAUGAGCUGCCUUCUUGAACUGAUGAGGUCCUCCUUGUAAAGAUAGCAUUGGGAAGGGAGUUCCAACAUGAAGAUCCAGUGAUGAUGAAGGACUAGUGACAUACUUCCAAGUGGAUGCUGUGUGACUUAGAGGAGACAGAACAUAGAACACAGAACAUAGAACAUAGAACAUUACAGCACAGUACAGACCCUUUGGCCCACAGUGUUGUGCCUACAUUUUAUCCUGUUCUAAGAUCUAUCUAACCCUUCCCUCCCACAUAGCCCCCCAUUUCUCUAUCAUCCAUGUGCCUAUCUAAGAGUCUCUUAAAUGUCCCCAAUGUAUCUGCCUCCACCACCUCUGCCAGCAAUGUGUUCCGCACACCCAUCACUUUCUGUGUAAAAAUCUUACCCCUGACAUCCCCUUUAUACCUUCCUCCGAUCAUCUUAAAAUUAUGGCCCUCAUGUUAGCCAUUGUUGCCCUGGGAAAAAGUCUCUGACUGUCCACUUGAUCUAUGCCUCUCAUCAUCUUGUACACCUCUAUCAAAUCACCUCUCAUCCUCCUUCUCUCCAAAGAAAAAAGCCCUAGCUCACUCAAAUUAUCCCCAUAAGACGUGCUCUCCAAUCCAGGCAGCGUCCUGGUAAGUCUCCUCUGCACCCUCUCUAAAGCUUCCACAUCCUUCCUACAAUGAGGCAACCAAAACUGAACACAAUACUCCAGGUGUGGUCUAACCAGAAUUCUACAGAACUCCAACAUUACCUCAUAGCUCUUGAACUCAGUACCCCAACUAAUGAAGGCCAACAUACCAUACACCUUCUUAACAACUCUAUCAACCUGCACGGCAACCUUGAGGGAUCUAUGGAUGUGGACCCCAAGAUCCCUCUGUUCUUACACACUCCUAAAUGUUCUUGUACUUCUUGGCGGUAGAGAUUGAGUGUUUGGGAGGUGCUGUCAAGCUAGCCUCGGUGACAGACAACAUCCUGUCUACAGUACCGAAGACUUGCUGUAUAUAAUUAACCACUGACAUGUUCCCGGCAAUGUGGAACAUUGCUCAGGUAUGCCCUGUUCACAAUAAAAGAACAAAUCUACUGUG